GCAGCGGCCCCUUCGCGUUCCGCGCUCUCUGGACCCUCCGGCCGCCUCGUAGCGGGAGGCGCGCGGCCGCUCGGAAGCCGGAAGUGCGGCCUCGGAGGCGCCGCUCCCCACCCCCCACGCCAGGCUGGGCAAGUGCGAACGCGCGCCGUCCCCCUUUCGCACCCGUGACCCGGAAGCGGAAGGUCCCGGCAGCGGCAGCGGCGCGAGAUUCUCGGCGGCGCGUGUGUGAGAGCGGGAGCGGCGGCGUCAUGAGCCUCUUAAACAAGCCCAAGAGCGAGAUGACCCCCGAGGAGCUGCAGAAGCGGGAGGAGGAGGAGUUCAACACAGGGCCCCUGUCUGUCCUCACCCAGUCAGUCAAGAACAACACCCAGGUGCUGAUCAACUGUCGCAACAACAAGAAGCUGCUGGGACGUGUCAAGGCCUUUGACAGGCACUGUAACAUGGUGCUGGAGAACGUCAAGGAGAUGUGGACGGAGGUGCCCAAGAGUGGCAAGGGAAAAAAGAAAUCGAAGCCCGUCAACAAGGAUCGCUACAUCUCCAAGAUGUUCCUGCGGGGGGACUCCGUCAUUGUGGUGCUGAGGAACCCCCUCAUUGCUGGCAAAUAGAGAACUGUCCCAAGGUCCCAGCCUCGCCCUGGCAUGACCCAGAGCCAGGCUGAGCGGGGAACCUGCCUCAAGUCCCUCUGGAUGAAGCCUACUGGCUGCAUCACUUGUGAAAACCAUCCUGUUCAGAAACAACUCUGCUGAGCUCUCCCCAGGUGCCACCUGUACCUCCCUUAUUAGCCCUCAGAGCGCCGAGGGCUGAGCACAGCUCCCCCCGCCCUCUCUGUUGCUACCUCCAGCUCCCACGUUCCCAUUUGAUUGGAAGGGGGUUUCUGGGAGCAGAACUAGUCAGGAGACCCCAGCUGCUGUAAGCCCGUCACAGGCUGGUGUCCCCCCACGCCCCUCACCCACCUGCCCAAAGCUGAAGGGAGCCAGUGUCCCAGCGCCGCUGCUCUGGAUUUACCCAGGAUCUCUGUGCCCACUCACAGCCUUGCUGCUGGGUGCUGCAGACUCAGCUGGCCCUGGGGGAGGCUACAUCGAGGUGAGAGGCUCUUUAGCUCUUAGGCCUCCCGACGGGCCUGCUCUGUGGCUUGCUUGCCAGGAGUGGGGAGCGCUGAGGUUUCCUAAGGGAGCUGGGUACAAAGAGAAGCACUGGGAAUCUCAGCCUAACAGAAGGGGGGACCUCUCAGCAGAAUUGUCUCUGAACAGCUCUUCAAAGGUGUCUUUUGAAGGGGAGCUGUCUGCUGUAGUUGUCUGAUUUGGGUGGGGGCCGACUACCCUGGGAAUUUCCGCACUGCAUAGCUACCCUGCCGCAAAUGCCCCACAGAGAGGCACCAGGAGCGCGUGACUGCUGCCCCUCUUGAACCUCCGCUUCCCCAGACACCAGCCAGACCAGCAGCAGUUGUACGUGAGUUCGGGUCCCGCUUUCCAGCUGAGCAAGGCGCCAGGGAAGACGAGUUCACGAAUGGGAUUUGAAACACCGCUCAGCUCCUAGUGUAGACAGCUUCACGGUGGCGUCAGCCUUGGCUUUGUUCCAGCAGCACUAGCUGAGGUGCGAAGGGUCGUUCCUUACUACUCAGCUGUAAAGCGGGACAGGGACCAAGUAGCCUCUGGGCUGGGGAUAAGUCAUGCCUGGUACACUCCCACAGCUCGUCAGUACAGAAAUCCCUGGUGUCGACAGCUCCCCUGGCCCUGAUCCUCCAGCGGCAUCCGAGCUAGUGGAUCCUUGUGUCCCGGGUUCCUGGCAUCCAUGGGACAGUUUCAGGAGCGGGGUCUUGUACGUUGUUGCUCCAGCCUCCAGGGCAGCUCCUCUCCUUGCAGCAUCAGGAACUUUUGUAAUAAACCAGUUUGAUUUCA